AAGUUGAAACCUGUCUGUCUCACUCGAGGAAAGAGAAACCCAUUCUCCCUCUCCUUCAGUCCUUCCUCCCUCCAUUUCCACCCACCACCUUCCCUUCCCAAACAGGGAAUAAUGAUGAAAUGGAUUGGAAGUAAACAAAAGGUGGUAGAUGCAUGAGCAACAUCAUCUCAAUUUCUUCUUCUCUCUAUUUCUCAUCUUCAUCGAACUACCACCUUUCUUUAGAUUAUUAUAAGUAAUACACAGCCAUCUACUUCAAAUCGGUCAAAACCCAGUCGAUUUCCCCGAUUUCCGCGUUUCAUCCGGUCACCUUAUCUUCUUUCUCCCUCAGUUUGAUCCUUGUUUCGAUUGACCAUGGUGAGCAUUCGAAGGCGUAGACUCUUAGGCCUCUACUCUGGCCGCAGUUCCUUCUUGGCUCCAUUUCCUAGGUUUUCUGACAAUAAUGUUAAUGCAAAUCCGAUGCAAAGCACAAGUUCGAUCAGUGCUCGUCCUAUGCCCCUAGCUGAUACAGAGGGAAUUGUUUCUAAAGCGAGUCUGCAGUCAUCAAAUGCAUCUGAUUCUAGUUCGUCGAAGGAGCAACCGAGCGAAGAAUUCCCAGGAAAACGGAAGAAACGAUAUCGGCGAAAGCAUUUGGAAAACCAAGAACCGUGUUUGGUGAGAGGCGUCUAUUUCAAGAACAUGAAAUGGCAAGCGGCUAUAAAAGUGGACAAGAAACAAAUACACUUGGGAACAGUUGGAUCUCAAGAAGAAGCUGCUCACUUGUAUGACAGGGCUGCUUUCAUGUGCGGGAGGGAACCGAAUUCUGAACUCUCGGAAGAAGAAAAGCAAGAACUCGGGAAAUUCAAAUGGGAGGAGUUCUUAGCUAUGACACGAUCUAUGAUCACAAGCAAAAAGAAUAAGAGACAAGGCGGAGGGGGACUGGGAAGAAAGUCGAGUGAGCCUUCUCUUCAGAACAGUGACCAGGAAAGUGAGCAUGGAGGAGGCAAUGUUGAUUCCCCUACGGUGACAUCUUCUAUCUUUUAAAAACAUUUUACAACUUAGUCCUCUAAAUUUUUACAUAUGUUCAUAUCAAAACGCAACGGAAGAAGCGGCUCCAAAAUGCUGUUUUCAAAUAGGGGUAUAAGUUUUCUUGGUAUUUUUUCUUGCGCCCUCUAAUUAUUCUCAACAAUUCAUAAUAGCAAGAAUUCAUAUUUAUUCAUUCCAAUUUAUUAACAUUAACUUAUAUGGAUGACAUCCAUUAUAUUCCUAGUUUAUCAUAGUUAUGUGUUCAAGACUUGAUAAUGAAGUGGAUGAUUGUUGCUUUGUCUCUGACA